GUUCCUUUAGUAUAAGUAGGGGGCUACCCUGACCCCUAUGCUGGCGUAACCAUCUCUAGCAACUGCAUAUUUGAUUACAAACAUCAAAAGGUGUUACUAGGAAGGGUUGUGACUGGAAGCCCCAGAACGCAUUGCGUGCACUUCCCUCCGUAUUCGUAUCGUAUGAGCGGAUCUGCACGAGUCUGCCUUGCUUGUGGUGAGGAAGGAGAUUUAUUAUCUCAGGCUAAGUCAUGGAGGGGUAGAUCCGGUAGCUAUCAGAUUCCGAUACCAUCUCCGUAUGAAGCAGAAGAGGCGGUCCAUUGUGGUCAACUCCUGAACUAAUAGAUUCGUGAUGU